UUGUUCAUCACUAAGCGUCGGCAUAAUCCACAAAUACAUAAAACUUCCAAUGUCUACCAGCAUUAUUAUGCGUAAUUUCUUCAACACGCAUAGAAUUCUCUGCUCGCUCAUAAUCAUUAGUCUGCACUUACGCAUGCAAUUUUUAAAUGAAGUACUCGUACUCGUUUUAAUUCUCAAGUCUCGUGUCUAUAUGUAUAUUACCUAAUCAUAUUCAAAUAUAAAAUUCUGAUUAACGAAUACGCGAGUUUCAUUGCAAAGCAAACGGAAUUUACAAUUGUUAUUUGGCCGAUAAUUAAGCUUUAGAGCUUUGUAGCCUGUGCUAGCCUUGUGCAUAAACAUAUUUUUAUAAAAACGUUCCGGAAAACCUGGAACGAACGGCCGCACCGGACCGUCGAUAUAGGCGACACUUGUACAGUAUGAGUGAUAUUUAUCGCAUGCAACACGACGUCUGAUUUAUUAUGAUGCUAUCCAUAAUGUUCUUGUCGGGAAUUCGUAUUUCCAUCGUAAUUCUGGUGGUGUUCAACAAAAAUGCAGGUUACGUAUCGGCUCAGCGAGGGGGAGGCGGUGGUGGAGGUCAUGGAGGAGGUGGUGGUGGAGGAGGAGGUGGUGGAGGGCAUGGAGGAGGUGGUGGGUCUGUAGGAGGCAGUGGUGGGAGUGGCGGAGGUGUCGCCGCAGCUGGCGGGGGCGGAGCCAUCGCUUCUGCUGGUGGAGCACCCAGUGCGCCUGCCGGUGGAGCUUCCGGGGCCGCGCCUGCGCAAUCAGCUCCAUCAGCACCCGCUUCUUCGGCUCCUGCACCCAGUGCGCCACAACAAGCGGCACCUGCCCCAAGCGCACCGCAACAAUCACAACCAGCAGCUGAUCCCCAAGGUGGCGCGCCCGCGCAAAGUCGACCGUCUCUCGGUAUACCGGCACCGAAUGUUCCAUCUUUUGGCCCACCAGCCAGUGCACCGCCUGCUCCACAUGCAGCAAGCGGCAGCCGACCGGCUGGUCCACUCCCGGGGACCACCGGCGAAGUUUCUAAAGGAGGGCAAAUCCGUCCCGCUGAGCCAUUGGCAAAGCCGAAUGUGCGCCCGGAUCGUCCUUUACCCACCGCGGACGCGUUAUUAGGAAAACCGUCCGAUAAGGGUCAUCAAGAAAAGCCGGACACCGGACGAGAAAUAGACAAGCCGGGGAAGGAGGCGACCGCGGAUAAACAUCGACCUCGGCAUCCACACCGCCCAAGACCGCCGGUGGUUGAACCAGCGAAUCCUCCAGGCAUGCCCAGGCCGCCGACAAUAACUCGGAGUGUAACUGAACUUCCUCCGCUUCCAAUUCCACCGACGGAUGGAGAUGUCGGAUGCGGAACGAAAGGCGGUGUCGGCACCGGACCCAAUUGUGUCAGUAAUGCAGAGGUUCAGCUUUUGGUCAAUCAGGUGUUAGUGAACAAUGGCUUACUGCCUUCGAUCGCGAAUUCGCGUCGCCAAACAACCACCACCACCAGAGCUCGACGAAGGUGAAGUGCGAAUUAAGUGAAGUGAAACGAUAGCCGCAAAUGACUUGCGGUCAUUCUGUAUCCGCAAACCGAAAAAAAACAUUUGGCAGAAAUAAGUACAUUAUUAUGAAUUUGUAAUUGAAUAAAUUAUUAUUGAUACAUUAAUACGAUUAUUGUACGGGAUAUCUGCAUAUUGCACUUAAACAACUACUCUACUCGUAGUACAUCUUGUAGAGCAUCCUGGUGUUACGACUGUUGCACAAUAAAUUUUUUGUCGACAUAUAUUGAUUGACAGUAUACAUGUAACGCAUUUAUAGUACUGCGUGUAGCACAUUAAUAUUUUAUAUCGUACUGCGUAUUAAGAAAUA